AACAAAACAACCUGACACUGUCCCCUACGGCAAGACGUUCGUCACCUACAUUCUUAAGUGUCACUCCCCCAGACUAAACCUACAGGUCUUACCACAACUCUGACGAGCUGAGAAAGCUUAGCUGUAAAGUCUACGAAUCUUUGAAGGAUUUGCAGAUCAACAUGAGGAAACUUGACGAAGAAGCAACCGCCAGCACCGCUGAUAUCCGUGCAGUGAUUCCGCCUGACAGAGCGCAGAAUUCCGGGCUCAGUCUGCCGACCAUGUUACUGGGAGCACUCUGUGUUCUGCUGGCCAUCAUUGCUAUCGUGCUGGCCGCUGUCAGCAUGAACCGACAGAACGUGUUCAACCUCGGGCCGGCUCAGACGGCCGCUGGGGGCGGGAGCGACGCGCAGGUGGCCGGCAAGACAUGGCUGGUCAUGAUCGGGCACGACUAUGGCGCACACGAGUACAUCGACGUGCAGGGGAACCUAGCGGGAUACCACCAUGACCUGAUCCGUGAGGUGUGCGAGGCAGCCGGGAUAAACUGCCGCACGGUGUGGGACUCCUAUCCGAACUGUUGGGACUCCCAGGCCGGUCAGCACGGCAGGGGCGGGCAAGGCCUGAUGAACGGGUGGUACGACGCGUGUACGGGCUGGUCACGGACCCGGCUGCGGGACGGAACCUUCUCCUUCUCCAAGGCUUUCCUCCCGACUCACACCUCGGCCUUCUACGUCAGGAGGGGAAACCCGGGAAACUUCGAUGUGGACGACAUCUCUGGCAAGAAGAUCGUUUUCCUGGACGGCUGGGUGGAUGACGAGAAGUGCCUGGCCAGGCAGAGGAGCAUCACGGGAUCGGUGCUGCCCGUGGAUAAGAUCGUCCACGUGGCCGACACCGACAAAUUCAUGGAGCAGAUCAGCACCGGACAAGUGGACGCUGGCUGGGCAGCCAACACGCUGAUUUCUCAGGGAUACUACAACGGCACCAUCCUGCAACUGUUGGCUCCCACUUCGCCUGAACAAUGCAUGUUGGACGGAUCUGCGAUGAUGAGCCGGAAGGACAACAAUUUCACCAUCUACUGGAACCAGGGCUUCGACAAGCUGGUUGAGAGCGGACGGUUCACCCGGCUGUGCAGCGAGGCCGCCCAGCGCUACGGGAGCGUGGGCACAGUGGCGUGCCUGAAUGUGUGACGUUACGAACGGUUACAACAGAAGGAGAGAAGACCCACUGCAGUACGACUACAAUAACUGCAUGAUGUGCUACGGUCAAAUUCAGACAUUAAGACAACAUAAACAUAUCAAAUAUGAUAUCGGCAUAAAAUGUUUCUCUUUUAUUCAGAUUUUUCUCAGCGAUUGAAACAAACUUAAUGCUACAAAUACAUGUACAAUGUAUCUUGAUUUUUUUGUGAAUUUGUACCUUUAUAUUCUGUUGUACAUAAGAACAUAAAAUGAUGAGAAAAAAAUUUAAAUCAGACAAAAGCCUUACACGGGAAUAAGGUGAAAGAAAUGUAAGCAUCAUUGAACUGCUAGAAAAUGUGAUGUCUUGACUUAUUCAGAGUAAUUUUGGACUUGGAAAAUUAGUCAUAACAAAUCCUGGUGCUGUAUCACCUUACAAUAAACUUCCUAUCGAUGCACAGAAUAAUAUUUGUGCAACA